AUGAAGGGUGUAGUCUUUGAAAGCGCCGGCGCCCAGCCCAAGGUCGUCGAAACUCUUGAAAAGCCGUCCCCAGGGCCCAAUCAACUGCUUGUCAAGUCCAUCUGGGUGGCCAUUAACCCUGUUGACACCUUCAUGGCCGCUUAUGGUCUUCUCGUGGUCGACUGGCCUCUUGGGCUGGGCGUCGACGCGGCCGGCGUUGUGAUCGAGGUGGGAAGUGAGGCAGCAUCCAAAUAUGGAUUCAAAGCAGGGGAUCAUGUGUUCGGCUGCACCAGACUUGGAACCCCGGGAUAUGCUGCUGGUCAAGAGUACUUCCUGAUGGAUGCGCCUGUCACCAUUCCCAAGCCAAAGAAUAUCUCCCUGCCUGAAGCUGUUACCUUGGGAGUGGGAACUGAAACUGCUUGUCUGGCAUUGUUCGACAGUCUCGAUGUCCCUCUCCCUGAUCCAAACAAUCUUCCUGGACCUCGGGACGAAUGGAUCGUCGUCCUGGGCGGCGCCAGCAGUGUCGGUAAAUGUGCCAUCCAGCUGGCCAAGGCAAGUGGUUACAAGGUCGCUGCCUCUUGCUCAACCAAGUCGGCAGCCGAGGUGAAGGGUUUGGGUGCUGUGACAUUCGACUACAAGAAGCCCAUUGAGGAACAGGUCAAGGAAGUUGUGGACGCCACCUCGGGCGAGAUUUCUCGCAUCUUUGAUGCCGUUGCGGCAGAUGACCCAGUCACGGCCAAAGAGUUGUUCAAGGCAUCCAAGAGCAACAAGAGGAGCUUUGCGACCACCAAUGACUGGACUCCAAUCCCUGAUUUUGAAGGGGCGAAAUCCCAUCCCAUCAAAUUUGGCGGCGUUGGGCGACCCGAGGAGGACGAGUUGAACAAAAAGAUCGAGGCAUACAUUCCCCUUAUCACGGCAUUGAUUGAGGCGGGCAAGCUAGUCCCGGCUGAAUAUGAAGUGAUCGGCACUGGCUUCGAGGAUGCCAUCAAAGCGUAUGAGCACCAGCGCUCCGGCGCGGGUGGUUCGCGCAAGGUCGUGGUCAAAAUUCAAGACGAGUGA